AUGGCUGCACAAGGCGGAAGUAAAAAUCAUUGGAAAGGCCUGUAUGCUGGGUUAGCUGGAAAUAUUGUCGGUGUUCUUCCAUAUGUGCAAAAGACUGCAGGGGCAAUUGGAGGGGCUGCUGCUUCUCUCAUUCGUGUUCCCACAGAGGUGGUUAAACAAAGAAUGCAAAUGAGUCAGUUCAAGACUGCACCUGAUGCCGUUCGCCUUAUUGUCGCUAAAGAAGGAAUUAAAGGACUUUAUGCCGGAUAUGGUUCCUUUCUACUGCGAGAUCUGCCAUUUGAGGCCAUUCAAUUUUGCAUAUAUGAGCAGCUCCGAAUUGGUUAUCGAUUAACGGCUAAGAGGGAGUUGAAAGACGCAGAGAAUGCAAUUAUUGGUGCUUUUGCUGGUGCCAUUACUGGCGCUUUAACAACACCCCUCGAUGUCAUGAAGACAAGAUUGAUGAUUCAGGGUAUUGAGCCAAGGGUACUAUGGAUUGGCAUUGGCGGGUCAAUCUUCUUUGGUGUUCUGGAGAAAACAAAAUCGAUUCUAGCUGAGAGGAAUAUCCGUAGGUGA